AUGCUCGCGGCCAGGCGAACCUACGGCUUGGGACGCUCGACCCUGAGUACCAGCGCCGUUGCCGUGUCACGAUGCUCGCGCCUCGGUGCUCUUGCUCACGCCACCACCGCUAGGUGUCGCAGCACGCGGAUCGGCUCCACCCGACAGGUCCCAGCAGCCCGCCAACAGCACUUUAGCGGCGGCUCGGCGCCGGGCGCUAAUAGCUUGUCGUCGUCGCCGGGCGUGGGCUUGGGACGCCAAGCAGGCUGUGGCAGGAGGCCCACCCAGCUGGCGAGGAAGAAAGGGAAGACGGAGUGGGUCAGGUACCAGAACAUGAUGCACCAGCGAACGGGCCUUGCUCGGCGGGACCAGCUGUCGUCGAUGCGAGGAGGGGUUGUCGGCCCGAGCGUCAACAAUGAUGCUGGCAGCGGAGGUGUCGAGACCAGUGCGGAUUCUAGUGCUGCUGCUGCCGCUGCCGCUGCGGCCGAGGCCAGCGAACCCGACGUGGCCACCCCGACUGCUGCGGGCAGCUCCGUGACGUUGUCUCCUCCGGCAACGAUGGCCACGACUUCCAGCGAAUCGACUGCCGUCAUCGGCCUGGGGCCUGACGAUGGUGACUUGGCGGCCCCGGACACCGUACCGCCGAUCGCAACAACACGCCAGGAAACCAGCAGCCGCAUCAGUAGCGAGGAUGCAGUCAUCACGGACCUGGAUAGUAGAAGAGAGGCGGCGCUGAACGCGGAGCUGGAGAGGAAGUUCGGGACGGAGCCGCCGCAGCUCGAGGAAAUUUCCGGGAAAACUCGGCGCAGGCGUUCGCGGGGGCGUGGCAGGAGAGGGGCGGCGCGCGCCGUCGAAGGCACCGCCAACGAGCUACAACACGAACCCCCCUCAGCGGUUUCAGGCGGAGGAGGAAUAGCACCCGCUGCUGAGUCGGAGACCGGGGAGCUGAACGAGGUGCCCGUUGGAGAAGCGGCAGGACCGAUCACCGGCAUGAGCGGUGACGGGGCCAAGCCAGCGAGCGGCGAGGGGACUCCGCGGUCGAAGAGCGCAGACGAAUCGCGCCGCGGAAGGAGAAACCGUAGGGGGGGGGACGCCACUGGGGAUGGAAGGGGGGGGGGAUCUCUGGGUCGGGGCGGGCGAGGGAAGCAAGCAGCGGCCGCAUCGGAGGGAUGGGGAGGAGGAGGGGAGGGUAGCGAGGAUUCGUACUCUCAGCAGCAGGGGUCUGCGUGGAAGAACGUUCACGCCAAGAAGAAGCUGAGGUGGCUGCUGAAGGGACUCGCGAGCGACUACGGGGUGCAGGAGAUGCUCGCCCGCCACCACAUUUCGAAGCACACGAUGUCCAAGCUGCUGCGGGUGUUUGAGGACCUGGUCUUGGAUCACCCCGACACCGCAUUUCCAGGUGAAGCCGGACAAAAACUGCAGGAGGAAAUGUCCUCUCUGUGCUACCACCCCAAGUUCCAGGCCGACGCUGUCCUCAUGAAAAGACCCAUUAGGACAAGGACCACCUCCGGGCGAUCGUUCACGUUCUCGUCCAAGCAGCCCAAGCGGGGACGUGAGGGACCGUUCGUCAAGGAACGCAACGACGUAGUGGAGAAGGGUUUGAUCCCAAGGUUGGUCGAGCUGGCGCAGGAAAGCUACGCCGACGAGAUCGAGGCGACGAAGCGCAUGGACAGCAUCGUAGAUCUGAGGAACCCUCAGCAAGGAUUCCCGCUCGCGAGGCUGAGAAAACGCCGCAUCAUUUACCACGGAGGACCAACCAACUCCGGCAAGACGUACCAAGCGAUCGAGCGCCUCAAGAAGGCCGGCGCCGACAGGCAGCCGGGGGACGGGCCGGCGGGACUGUUCUGCGGGCCGCUUCGGCUGCUGGCGCUGGAGGUGUACGAGCAGCUGAACAGCCAAGGGGUAUACUGCAGCCUCAUGACGGGGCAAGAGAAGCGAGAGGUGCCUUUCGCCACCCACGUUUCCUGCACGAUCGAGAUGGCUUCGACCGUCAACGAGUACGAGGUGGCCGUGAUUGACGAGAUACAGAUGCUGGCGGACGAGCAGCGGGGGCCAAGUUGGACAUCGGCUGUUCUUGGCCUCAACUGUCCGGAGAUACACGUCUGCGGGGGGAUGGAGGGAGCAGUCCUAGUGGAGGCCAUGGCGAAGGAGACGGGGGAUGAUUUCGAGCUGAGGGAGUACCAGCGCAAGACCGAGCUGGUGUGUGCAGAAGAAAGCCUAGGCAACAACUACAAAAACAUCCAACCAGGCGAGAAAUAG